AUGAACAAGGCAGUGGAGCAGAGAAUCCAAAGAGUCACGUCAGGGGGGGGAAAGGCAAACCGGCGCAACUUUUGUACCCUGACGCAAGUCCCCGCCGCGGGGGAGCAACCGGACUUGCCUUGGGUUUUCGUCAUGGUUCCCCGCGUGACCACCUCCGGUUUUCUCCUCGGCCCCGAUUUUGCCCGUGGGUCAAGACUAUCUGUUGGAUUCGCGGCACUGGAAGACCAGCGGACUGGCGGAUUCGACAACUGGACGACUCGACGACUCGACGACUCGGGCGCAGACAACCCGAGGAAUGCAGCCUCCGUCCGAUCCCUUCCUGUGCCGACCCGGGUCGGGCCGGAAGAAAGAAACCCCGGCUCGAGCCCAGGCCUCGUGACCCUCGAGUAUGGAGCAUCCAGCGUGGAGCCGGUUGGAGCAGGUUGGAAAUCAGAAGCGGCCGUCUCGGUGCUAGGACAUAUUAUCCUCCGUUCCCUUCCAGUCGAUGGGUCCGCCUCCCCGGUCGCGGCUUUGUGGAUAUCGCAAGAGCUGCCCAGUGGAGAAGGGGUCUCUGGAGUGUCUUCUUUUGAAGGGCUUGAGGUUCAACUUUACUCCGGUGUAUACUUCCACAAGUUCCAAAGCUGGGCGACCACCGAGCUUAUCGGCAGCAACCCUUCCGCCUGCUCGGCCUUUGCCCCCGAACCGUUCCCCCGCCCUGGAGAAUGCGAGCCCGUGCACCGUGACAAGAGUCAACAAACGCGCAACUGCCGACUCGGCAAUCUCGCCAUUCACCGUACGCCGGCAAGCGAGCUCACUGGUCAGCACGAUCGCUUGUCAACGCACAAGGAAGAGCAAGACGAUCAGGUUCAGCCAAUCAGUAGCGAAAGGGGGGCAGCUUGCCCAAUGCACCAUUGA